UCUGCUCGAGCUGUUAAAGUCUUGAAGGAAUGUAUACGUUUGAAACCAGAUGAUGCAACUAUUCCACUCCUUGCUGCAAAGCUCUGUAUGGGAUCUCUCCACUGGUUGGAAGAAGCUGAAAGAUUUGCCAAAACAGUUGUUGAUCUUGGGGACAAAACAUCGGAGUUCAAAGCAAAAGGCUACUUGGCACUGGGAUUGACUUACAGUCUGCAGGCUACUGAUGCAUCUUUGCGAGGGAUGCAAGAGGUCUUGCAGAGAAAGGCUCUUCUUGCAUUUCAGAGGGCUCACAGUUUGUCUCCAACAGAUCAUCUGGCAGCAUUUUACUUGGCACUGCAGCUCGCCAUAUCCAGACAGAUACCAGAAGCUUUGGGUUAUGUUCGUCAGGCUCUGCAGCUACAAGGAGAUGAUGCCAACUCUCUUCAUCUCCUUGCACUCUUGCUAUCAGCCCAGAAACACUAUCAUGAUGCUUUGAAUAUCAUUGAUAUGGCCUUGAGUGAAUAUCCAGAAAAUUUUAUAUUACUGUUUACAAAAGUCAAAUUGGAGUCCCUGUGCAGAGGCCCAGAUGAAGCACUCCUCACCUGUAAACACAUGCUCCAGAUUUGGAAAUCCUGCUACAAUCUCACUAACCCCAGUGAUUCCGGACGUGGGAGCAGCCUGUUAGACAGAGCUAUUGCUGAUAGAAGACAGCUUAAUACAAUUACAUUACCAGAUUUCAGUGAUCCUGAAACAGGUUCAGUCCAUGCCACAUCAAUAGCAGCUUCCAGAGUGGAGCAAGCACUGUCUGAGGUUGCUUCAUCUCUGCAAAGCAGUGCCCCUAAACAAGGUCCCCUGCAUCCUUGGAUGACUCUGGCUCAAAUAUGGCUUCAUGCAGCUGAAGUCUACAUAGGAAUUGGGAAACCUGCUGAGGCCACAGCGUGUACCCAGGAAGCAGCUAAUCUCUUUCCGAUGUCGCAUUAUGUUCUCUACAUGAGAGGUCAGGUGGCUGAACUUCGUGGAAAUAUUGAUGAAGCCAAACGCUGGUAUGAAGAGGCCUUAUCUAUUAGUCCUACCCAUGUGAAAAGCAUGCAAAGGCUGGUGAGUCUUGAGUCCAUGUUCAUAA